CCUCAUCAAGUAAACUUAUUCACUCUCCAUUCCAUAAUAUCAACUUCAUUGUACACAAUUAGAAAGAACAAAUUAGACAUGUCUCCACAAACAUAAAAAAAGAUUAGUUGUUUAAGGAAGAUAUAUUGCUUAGAAUAUUAAAUAACCCGGAAAAAUUAAUUAUAUGGGUGUCGCCACGCACCCAUGGGGCGAGUUUACCUAAACCCAAACUCAACCCAACCCGGUGAAUAAUGUAGCGGGUUUAAACCCGAACCCGGCCCAAAACCCGUCAACACGGAAUUUACAUGCGUUGACCGGGUUGGGUCGGGUGGGUACCCAUGGGUUCGGGGUUUGUUGCCAUCCCGAAUCCUAACUAAAAAGAUCCAACCAUUAACUGUAGAAAUCGGAUAACGCGGAAAGAUGAACAUGAAGACAAGAUUUACGUGGUAUCCCUGUUCGUUGUGAACAUGACUAAUCCACUGUGAGGUCGGAACGAGCUCACGGACUGAGAUAUUAUUUAUGACUGCGUGACCUGGCUUGCUUUGACAGGAGACCCAAAGCUAAGCUUAUAUAGUGAUGUAGGGAGAAAACUAAUCCCUUUGAGUAAUGACUUGGUUUCCCUUUACAUAUUAACUAGGAAACGUAUACACACUAGAACACAAAGACUUGGUUACUUGGAACGCAAGGCAAAGUAACUGAUAAACCGUUAAUUACACAUGUUUUUACCCCUGUUCUUACACCGUUUGAGAUGUGAUUUCUCGUGGUUUAGACCGAUUUCACGCUAGGUUGUGCUUGUUUGUGAUGUUUCAGGUCCUAGUACGUGAAUGAAGGCUUAGGAGCGAGUCUGGGGUCGAUUGGACGAAAAACGGACGAAUAGCGAGGUUUCUGGGGAGCUGCACGGGCAGACCAGGGAGGCUGCACGGCCGUGCACGUGAGCAAUAUGGCCGUGCGCCUUAUGCCGAGGACACGCACGGGCAACCCCUGAAGCUCGCACGGCCGUGCACCCUGGCCGUGCGAGAGGGCUGAAGUUCGACUAAAUGACACGCUGCGUUUUGAGUUGCACGGCCAGAAUGGUGAUAUGCACGGCCGUGCACCCUGGCCGUGCGAGUCGGGAUUUCCUGGUUUUAAGCCAAAUUCCGAACCAAAGAAGGGGGAUUCGAGUUUUUGAGAGAGAGAUCAGUUCCUAGAGAGAGAAAGUGACGAGCAAGAGUUCCCAAGUGCCCUAGAUUGAUCUUCAACACCAUUGGAGGCCAGCUUGAGCUUGGAGAAGUGCCGAUCAACGUCCAGAAACAGGAAUCCAUCCUUCGCAGUAUGAAUUCCGUGUCUGAUUCUGCUUUUGCUUUCUUCUCUAUGGAGUAAUUCUCCCAUUCAUCUGGGUAUGGAGAACCCUAGAUUUGUAUGUUAGGCUUUGAUUGUAUGAACCCAAGUACUGAUUCUGUGAUUGAUUAUAUUCGAUUGAGGUUUUAAUGAUUGAAUGACUUGAAUCCUGAUCAAAUUCCUGUUGUUUCUGCUUCAACCUAGAAUGAGAAUAUCUGCCUAGGCUAAUAGAGUAUCCUUGAUUGAAGGUAGGGAGUUGGUGACUUUAGUCGAGGAACCAACUCACUAUUCUGUACCGGAUUUACUCCGGUAGUGGAGGUUUUGUUCUUAGGGCCUCAAUCUGUCGACUCCGGUGGAGGUUAGUCGCCCGCUAGAGAGUCAGAUUGAGAGGGUCUGAAGACCUUUAGUCGAGACUUCAGGCUGUUUAAGAACCUUCCGCAGUAUAACUGUCAUAGAAACUGAACUUGGUAAUUACAAUCCGGCUUAACUGCAGUCUAGGGGGAACCAUAUCCGGGUGACCUCUUUAACCUGAAUACAACAGUUUACUUGCUUUGUUAGUUUGAUAGUUUAGACUUGCAUCCCAGUUUCAUUGCUAGAUAACACGAACUCACUGAGUAGUCAGCAAAUCUAGGACCCGGGUUGACAUAUAAACCUAAACCCGCUAUACUACGCUUUAGGGAGUGGUUGCACUUGGCCAAUUCCUAGGGUGACAGUAGAGUCGAGUCAAGUUUUUGACGCCGUUGCCGGGGACGGCUAGGUUGUUGAAGAAAAGUGAUUUCUGUUAAUUUAGCUUUUCUUUUUGCUUUGUUUUCUUUGUCCCACUUGUGCCUUCACGGGUUUGUUGCUUGAGUGUGUGCAGGUAGUGCAUGACCCGUAGCCAGUCGGGAGGUUUACUGCCGUUGAAUCCAGAGAUUGACCGCACCUGUCGCCAGCUCAGGAGACAACAGGGAGCUAGACUGGCUACGGAAGAGCGCAUAGACGGCCACCUGAGCAGCGAUUCUGAAGAAGAGCACGGGAUGGACGGAGACUACAACCAACACCAGGGGAAUCCACAGCAGGUUCCCCCGGUGAAUCAGGUCCUGGGGAACAACCCCAUACCCCAGGAUCAUGGAGUUCAUCAUCCACCGCAGCCGGGUCCCACCUUGGAGUACUACUACACUCCGCGGAUUGCUGAUAUCCGCCCGGUCAUCCUCUACCCGCCGAUUCCAGCAAACAACUUCGAGAUCAAGCCAUGCUGGAUUCAGCUCAUCACAUCCUCGAUCCAGUUCCAUGGCUUGAAGAAUGAGGAGGCCAGGGUGCAUCUUUCCCGUUUUCUGCAGCUGACGAACGGGUUCAAGCUGAAUGGUGUCCCCGAUGAUGUGAUCCGCCUUCAUCUCUUCCCCCAUUCUCUGGCGGGGAAUGCUAAGAGGUGGUUGGAGACCCAGCCCCCAUUGUCCAUCACCUCUUGGGACGAUCUGGCGGACAAGUUCGUGCACAGGUACUAUCCGGCAUCGAAGACUACAGAGAUUCAGCGGGAGAUCACUCACUUCCGCCAGGAGCCAGAUGAGUCACUCCGUGAUGCUUGGGAGCGGUACAUGGGCUACUUCUGGCAGUGCCCCCACCAUGGCUUUAGUGAUGCUUUCACUGUGGGGAACUUCUACAGCGCUCUCUCCCCAGAUAGCCAGAGGGUGAUUGAGUCUUUAUGCCCAGGAGGGGAUAUUCUUACCAAGACUCCACCCGAGCUGAACCAGAUGAUCAGUACUUUGGCUGCCAGAGAUCAUUCUUGGGGACAGGGUAGCCGAGGCAGACAGUCCCGGGACCGUGGUGUGCACGCCAUGGAGACCAGAUCCGGGCUCGAGCAGCAGGUAGCUGAGCUAGUGCAGACAUUGAAGCAGCCCAACAGUCUGAUUCCGGGCAGAGGUUUGGCUACACCUCCAGUUGCUCAGUGUCAGUGGUGUGAGAGCUCCAGUCACCUAGUGGAGGACUGCCAGGCUAUGAGGGAGUCUACCACACCCCAGGAACAGUUGGCCUUCAUCGCCAAUGCGAGGCGCCUCGAUCCAUACAGUAGCACAUAUAAUGAGGGGUGGCGCCAGCAUCCCAACUUCGCCUGGAGCAGCAACACCACUAAACCACCUGGUUUCCCAGCACCAGCAGGUGGUUUUCAGCAGAGGCAGCCCUUCCAGGCUCGCCAGGGGCCAGAUCCACAGCAGCAGCCCUACCAGCCUAGGCAGGGCCAGCCAUUCCAGCAGCCCCAACGCCAGUUUGCCGAGCCAGCAGCAGCUCCGGCCCCAGAUGAUAGGAUGACGAAGCUGGAAAACAUUCUAGCUUCAUUCAUGACUAGCACCCAGGCUGCUAUCACAUCACUGGAGGCAGGUCAGCGGAACCAGGGUGCCAUUUUGCAGGAUCUGCAGACCCAGGUGGGCAUCUUGGCCCGCCAGAGCACCACCAGGGCACCGGGGACUCUGCCUGCCACCACUGUUCCUAAUCCUCGAGAUCCUCACCAGCAUCAGCAGCUGGAUGCCAUUUUUACCAGGAGCGGUAAGGUGAUAUCUGCUGAUCCUGCCCCGGCCAGACAGGAGGAGCCACUACCUGCUUCAGCACUUCCAGCCGACGAUGCAGAAGUGCGGGUGGAGAAGGAAGCCCCUGCUCCCAAGCCACAACCAGUGGUUAAGGAGCAUGUACCCCAGCUUCCCUUCCCCACUCGCCUACACAAGGACAAGCUGGAGACUGAGUUUGCCAAGUUCAUGGCAAUGUUGAAGCAGCUCAACAUCAGCAUACCGUUCAUGGAGGCACUGUCGAAGAUGCCCAAGUAUGCCAAGUUCAUGAAAGAUAUCUGCACCAACAAGAAGAAACUUGGGGAUCUCUCGACAGUGAUGCUCAGUGAGGAGUGUUCUGCUAUCCUGCAGAACAAGCUGCCCGAGAAGCGCAAGGAUCCAGGGAGUUUUACUAUCCCUCUUACUAUUGGCAGUAUGCAUGUAGGAAAGUCCUUGGCGGACCUAGGCGCUAGCAUUAACGUCAUGCCAUAUAAGUUGUAUAAAAUGCUAGACCUAGGUGAACUUAGCCCUACUAGGAUGAGCAUUCAAUUAGCUGAUCGUUCUAUCGUGCAUCCUAAGGGUAUCAUUGAGGAUCUGCUUGUUAAAGUAGGUACAUUCACAUAUCCUGUUGAUUUUAUUAUUCUUGAUGUGCAUGAGGAUGUGGAUGUGCCUUUGAUUCUAGGUAGGCCAUUUCUUGCCACCGCCAAGGCACUAAUUGAUGUGCAUGAUGGUAAGUUGAUCUUGCGUGCUGGGAAUGAACAGGCUACUUUUUCUGUGACUGAGUUUGAUCACUGUGCUAUGAUUGAUGUCACGCCUGUGCAUGCUAUGUCUGAUCAGGUACACGAGCCUGUCGUGUAUCCUUCUGCACCUCCUAUUUUGCAGGACCCUCCUAUUAUUCCUUCGCCGCCACUCCAUCCAGCCUCACCUCCGAACAAAAAGCUCAAGGAGGAGUGGCGGCCGAAGCAGCAGGUUGCUAAGCCUGCACGGAAGAAGAGUGGAGACCACUAUGAGCUGGUCCCACCUCCUGCACCACGACCACCCUGGCCGUCCGGGUACUCGCUCACCUUCAUCUUGCCAGAUGGGCAGGUCGAGCUGACUGAUGAUGGUGGUCGCAUCCGUCGGGUGCAUGGCCACAACCUGAAGCUGUACCUCAAGAGCGACGUGGAUCCGCUCUUGGAGGCACCUGUUCCUGCACCGCCCUGAGUAUCCACCAUGGGCGUCCAGCUAAUACGACGGUAAAGAAGCGCUUGUGGGGAGGCAACCCCACCUCGGUUUGAUUUUCUUUCUUGUGUUUUGAGUCGGAUUGUAACCCGGUUUGGGUUUGGUUUGUUUUCUUUUAGUUUGGAUGAUAUUUUAUUGGGCUGACCAUUGAACCUAACAUACUGUGUUUGAGCUCUUCUGUUCCCCUUUGGCUGUGCUUGCCCCGACUGGCCCGUUUCCAGUCCCCUGCAGUCCGUGCAUACCGGUAACAUCUUUCCCUAUCCCUUCCCUAUUCUCCAUUGAGGGCAAUGUCGAUCUUAAGUGUGGGGGGGGUGUUUAUCUUUUGACUGCAUUAGAUCUGUUUGUGUGCUUGGAGUCUAAGCUUGGAGCCUAGUCCACUGUCCAAAUUUUUAAAUUUGAGGGCUCCAAGUACGUGUUUCCUUGCAAUUGCCUGCUCAGUAUGCUUUGAAUUGACAGUCUUUAUAGUAAUAUGCAACCUAGGGAGGUAGUGUAGCACUAUGGAGGAUGGUGAUGCAUUUAAGGAGUCUCAUUUCUUCUUCAUAUUGAGUUGGUUGAUUGAGUGAAUUAGUGAUCUUAGGACCCUUGAAUUGUGUGGUGUUGUGGAUUCUCUGCCUGUCAUGGACUCUUGUAUCAUGUUUUGAAAAUAACAGGUGCUCGAAAAUGUGCUUCAAAAUAAACGUCUCCCGUGCGAAUAGGGCGAAAGUGUGUAAGGGGAGACGGGAAUUCGUUCCCAAUUUCCACCUACUACCUCCAGCCCCCUUACAUGUCUUUCCCCCGCACGAGGCUCGAGACAUCCGCUCCUGGCAUGGCCGGUAAGAGCAGGUUGGGACCCUUGAAAAAGAAAAGAAAAGAAAAAUAUCAGAAAACAAGCAAAACAGGAAAAAAAGGGGUCUCAACCAUCUUCAAGAAGAAAAUAGAGCACCUUGAAAAAUGUGAGUCCAUGAUCCUUUGUUUUUGAGAAUCUCUUCAUCCACAAUCCAUUUGUCCUCUGUUCACUAUUUGCCAUGAUGCCGACUCGCUGAAGAAGUUAUGAGAUGACUUGUGCGUCGGUUGACCUCGUAAGCUGCUAAAUGAUCUAGGAAGUCCUCUACCUACGAUCUGAGUUGUUUGUUGCUAUAGAGGUCUGGAGAGUUGCAUUGGUUUGAGUUAGGUUUGCUUGGGGACAAGCAAACGGUUAAGUGUGGGGGAGAUAUAUUGUACACAAUUAAACUUAUUCACUCUCCAUUCCAUAAUAUCAACUUCAUUGUACACAAUUAGAAAGAACAAAUUAGACAUGUCUCCACAAACAUAAAAAAAGAUUAGUUGUUUAAGGAAGAUAUAUUGCUUAGAAUAUUAAAUAACCCGGAAAAAUUAAUUAUAUGGGUGUCGCCACGCACCCAUGGGGCGAGUUUACCUAAACCCAAACUCAACCCAACCCGGUGAAUAAUGUAGCGGGUUUAAACCCGAACCCGGCCCAAAACCCGUCAACACGGAAUUUACAUGCGUUGACCGGGUUGGGUCGGGUGGGUACCCAUGGGUUCGGGGUUUGUUGCCAUCCCGAAUCCUAACUAAAAAGAUCCAACCAUU